AUGUGCGAAAAAGAGUCGGGAGAAUAUCUGCCCAAGGAGAAGGAAGAUGUGAUUAAGACCAAAAAGGCCGUGUAUGAGAUUCGCGAUAGGCUUUCAAAAAGUGCGACCAGCACCGUGUUUCAUGUGAUUCGUCUGAACGACAAGAAAGAAUUCGCGAUGAAAUGUGAAUCAUGGAAAUCGAAAUCACCGUCCCUAAGACAUCAGGCAAGAGUGUACGAAUCACUGAAGUCGGUUAUCUCACCUCAUUUUCUUACAUACGAAGAUCGUGGAUUAGUUGAAGACCGUUUUAUUUUUAUUGUGGUUAAAUUGGUUGGGAAAAACUUGAUCGAUGUCCUCGCGGAUUGCCCAGACAAAAAAUUCUCUAUGUGCGGUUAUAUACAUCGUGAUAUAAAACCUGACAAUUUCGCAAUAGGAAGAGAAGAAGAUGGAAAUUUACACACUGUCUUCAUCCUCGAUUUCAAAUUUGCACGGAAGUUCAUGGCAGAAGGCAAGGAUUUGCGAUUACAACGUCAACAGGCCCCAUUCCGUGGUGUACCACGAUAUGCCAGCAUCGCUGCGCUGAGCAUGACAUCUCAAUUGGAGGAAAUGAUACACAUGAAGAAAAUGGUGCGACAGAAGCAGAACCUCAAAAAAUUCCUGAAAAACACACCAGAGGAGUACAUGGCGAACAUCAUCCUCUAUAUCGACGCACUUCAGUACAACUCAAUUCCUGAUUAUGACCACAUUGCAACUCAGCUGGAGACAGCAGCAAAGGCUUAUUACCUGAACUUUGCUGCACCUCCGGACUGGGAUCUUAUGGCUGAGUAUAAAGGACCAAAAUAUGAGAAGAAUGUCGCUGAGGGCAUGGGAAAGGCAUAA